CACACAAAGCAGCCCAACGGCUGUGAAAAUCAUUAGAAGACUUGGUCUAAUCAUCCGCAGCGCAACUGCGAAGAAGGAAAGGAAAGGCAGAUCAGCAACGUCGUGGUGUGUGGGCUGCAGUUGCCAAUCACUCAGAAGCCAGCACGUUGUCCACGCACGCGGAACUAAUAACUGCGACAGACCAUUUGCUGCCCUUUUGCAUGCACAUUGGCACACACACACACACACACACACACACACACACAACCAAACCAUACGAAGCCAGCCUGCACACUGCUGCCCAAAUACCAAAUACAUCGUCCACCCAGACGACACCGCAUCGCAUCACAUCGCAUCACAUCUCAUCACAUCACGUCACAGCAUUGAUCAAGAUGGUGCUGGCGUGGCAGUGGGCUGUGGCGAGCAUAUGCGUGUUCCUGUGCGCCUCGCUUGCUGUUGGCGCCGGGAUUGGAGGGGGCGCGCUGUUUGUUGGCAUCUACAUGAUCAUCCUGGGCAUGGACGCGCAUGCAGCGGUGCCGCUGUCCAAGGCCACCAUCUUCGGGCUGGCCAUCGCAGCGUACAGCGUGAACCUGUGGAAGCGGCAUCCGCACUCGCAGCAGCGCCCGCUCAUCGACUAUGACACCGCCCUCAUGCUGGAGCCGAUGACGCUGCUUGGCGCCAUCGUUGGCGUGCUGCUGAAUGUGCUCUUCCCCAACUGGCUGGUGCUUCUGCCGCUGUGCCUCCUGCUCAUGGUCGUCUCCUACCGCACCAUCCGCAAGGGCCUCCGGCUGCGCGCAAAGGAGAAAGGCACACCGCACCAAGUGCUCACCAACCGUCGCGGCAGCGGCGACAGCUCUACCCAUGAUGAUGACGACGAUGAUGAUGAUGAUGGUGAUGAUGAUGGUGGUGAUGAUGAUGGUGGUGAUGAUGAUGAUAACGACACUGACACGAGUCGGAACAACGAUGGCAAUGACGAUGCUGUUGACCAGCACACUGACAGCAACGGCGAUGCCACCAGCAUGAGUCGUAGCCGCAGCAGCAGCAGCAGCAGAAAUCGUUCCCACGCUGCAGUGAAGGGUCCCAUCGGCGAUCAUGACGGUGAGGACGACGAUGAUGACGAAGGCAGGACGAGCACGGCAAGCAGCAAGCUCAUGAGUGGGGCAAGUCACGGUGACGAGGCUGACGACGGCGUGAAUGGGCGAGGCAGAACGAGCAAGAGCCCGUCGCGCAUGGAGAGGUUUGAGAUCAGCGAUGCAACGUUGGAAUUGGAGGCCAUCCAGCGCAGAGAAGCGCGCACGGUGCCCUGGGAGAAGCUGGUGCUGCUGAUUCUGGUGUGGCUGGGCUACACCACCAUCACCAUGCUGCUGUACGAGGCCAACGAUGUCAUCAAGCCGUGCUCUGCAGGCUGGAUUGUGCUGCUGUUGUGUGCCAUUCCAUACGUGAUUGCCAUCACCUACUUUGCCGGGCGCAUGCUCAAGCGACAGACCGUUCGCAAGCGCAAGUGCAACUACCCGUUUCUCCCCGGUGAUGUCAUGUGGGAGGGCGCCAACCUCAACAAGUUUCCUGCCCUCGCCUUUUUCGCUGGCGUCGCUGCAGCCAUGAUGGGCAUUGGCGGAGGCAUGAUCAAGAGUCCAAUCAUGCUGGCCAUGGGUCUGCAGCCUCAGGUUGUGACAACGACGAGCUCCUUCAUGAUCAUCUUCACCUCAAGUGCGACCACGCUUCAGUAUUUGAUUUUGGGCAAGUUGAAGCCGCAGCAGCUGGGCAUUGUGAUGAGCAUGGGCUUUGCUGGUGCUGUUGUUGGGCAACGCGUUGUCAACUACAUCAUUGCCAAGUACAAGAAGCAAAGCUUCCUCAUCUUCCUUCUUGGUGGGCUGACGAUUGUGUCUGGCAUCAUCAUUGUGGCCACGUCACUGGCCACGGAAUCGUUCUCCAAGGUGUCCUUCAACACGGAUGAAAUCUGUGGGACAGGAAACUCAACAAGUUCGCCAUAAACUCCUGCUCCAUCCAUGCAUGCAUGUGACAAGGUUUGACGUUAAAUGACAGCCUGUGUGCCAGCUACCUCGAGAAUAAAACAAGGUUCGCUCCUUGAACACUCAAAUAGUGACAUCGAAAACGCUUGUCACAUCACACACGUCACGUCGUUUCUCACAUUGCCCUACACUUUCUGUUGUCACACAUGACCUUGAAGCGC